CGAGGGAGCCUGCGAGGCGGAGACGUGACUCAGGUGGAGCGGCGCGCGGGCCAAGGAGCUCCGGCGUCCAUGGCGCCUGGGGGCCCCUUCAGGACAAGGUGACUCACCCUGCCCUCUGUCCCCAGCAGGGAGUGGCUGCUCCCUUCUCCAUGGACUGCCAGGAGAGGGAGAGGGACCCGCCCUCCCUGACGGAGAGCACUCAGUCUUCAAAGCCCAGCAGUGCCCAGCAGGCCUCGGAGCUGUGGGAGGUGGUGGAGGAGCCCCGGGGCCGGCUGGAGGCAGGAGGUAUCAUGGCAGAGAGGCAGGAAGGCCACCUGCUUAAGAAGAGGAAGUGGCCUCUGAAGGGCUGGCACAAGAGGUACUUUGUGCUCGAGGACGGGAUCCUGCACUAUGCAACCACCCGGCAAGAUAUCGCCAAGGGGAAGCCCCAUGGCUCCAUUGAUGUGCGCCUGUCUGUCAUGUCCAUCAACAAGAAGGCCCAGCGCAUUGACUUGGAUACGGAAGACAACAUCUACCACCUCAAGAUCAAAUCCCAGGACCUGUUCCAGAGCUGGGUAGCCCAACUGCGUGCCCACCGCCUGGCCCAGCGCCUGGACAUGCUCCGUGGCCCACUGCCCAACACCGCUCAUCAGAAGGUCAGAGGGGCCCAGGAGUGGGGCCAGGUUGCAGGUGCUCAGCUUCCAACUGUGGGUAGCACGGCGGCCCUCCCUGGAGUGGGCCCCCGGGAGAAGGUGUCCUCCUGGCUCAGGGACAGUGACGGCCUAGACCGCUGCUCCCAUGAGCUCUCGGAGUGUCAGGGGAAGCUGCAGGAGCUACACAGACUCCUCCAGAGCCUGGAGUCCCUGCACCGGAUCCCCUCCGCCCCGGUGAUCCCCACGCACCAGGCGUCCGUGACGACGGAGAGACCCAAGAAGGGGAAACGGAGCAGCCGCAUGUGGUGCACACAGAGCUUCGCCAAGGAUGACACCAUUGGACGGGUGGGUCGUCUCCAUGGCUCUGUUCCGAACCUGUCUCGCUACCUGGAGUCCCGAGACCCCUCGGGCCCCCGAGGGCUGCCACCCCCGGACUAUGCCCAUCUGCAGCGCAGUUUCUGGGCCCUAGCCCAGAAGGUGCACAGCUCCCUCAGCAGUGUACUGGCCGCCCUCGCCGCUGAACGGGACCAUCUGAGGGACCUGCCCCCGGGCUUGGAGCUCUCAAGGCUGGGGAUCUCUGAGGUCCCAGCUGGCCAGAGGCGCCUCCACUCACUGUCCAUCUCCUCAGACACCACCGCGGACUCCUUCAGCUCCCUCAACCCCGAGGAGCAAGAAGCUCUGUACAUGAAGGGGCGGGAACUGACCCCCCAGCUGUCACAGAGCAGCGUCCUGUCCCUGGCCGAUUCCCACACGGAGUUCUUCGAUGCCUGCGAGGUCCUCCUCUCGGCCAGCUCUUCGGAGAACGAGGGCUCUGAGGAGGAGGAGUCGUGUACCAGUGAAAUCACCAGCCUGUCCGAGGAGCUGCUGGACCUCAGGGGGGCCGAGCGCUGUCAGAAAGGGGGCUGUGUUUCAGGAAGAGCUGUGGGGCCGCCCCGUCGCCGCUGCCUGCCUGCAGCCAGUGGGCCCGGGACCGAGGUCAGCCUGUGGAACAUCCUGCGUAACAACAUCGGCAAAGACCUGUCCAAGGUCUCCAUGCCCGUGCAGCUCAACGAGCCGCUCAACACCCUGCAGCGGCUCUGCGAGGAGCUGGAGUACAGCAGCCUCCUGGACCAGGCCAGCCGCACUGCCGACCCCUGCGAGCGCAUGGUGUAUGUCGCAGCCUUUGCCGUCUCUGCCUAUUCUUCCACGUACCACCGAGCAGGCUGCAAGCCCUUCAACCCCGUCCUGGGGGAGACCUACGAGUGUGAGCGGCCUGACCGGGGCUUCCGCUUCAUCAGCGAGCAGGUCUCCCACCACCCGCCUAUCUCGGCAUGCCACGCAGAGUCGGAGAACUUCAUCUUCUGGCAAGACAUGAAGUGGAAGAACAAGUUCUGGGGCAAAUCCCUGGAGAUUGUGCCAGUGGGGACCGUCAAUGUCAGCCUGCCCAGGUUUGGGGACCACUUUGAGUGGAACAAGGUGACGUCCUGCAUCCACAACAUCCUGAGUGGCCAGCGCUGGAUUGAGCACUACGGCGAGGUGCUAAUCAGGAACACCCGGGACAGCUCCUGCCACUGCAAGAUCACCUUCUGCAAGGCGAAGUACUGGAGCUCCAACAUCCACGAGGUGCAGGGUGCCGUGUUCAGCCGGAGCGGCCGCGUCCUCCACCGGCUCUUGGGGAAGUGGCACGAAGGCCUGUACCGGGGACCCCCACCAGGCGGCCAGUGCAUAUGGAAGCCCACCCUUGCCUUCCCUCCAGACGCCAUGCCCCCAGACCACGAGCGCAACUUCGGCUUCACUCAGUUUGCCCUGGAGCUGAACGAGCUGACGGCGGAGCUGAAGCGUUCCCUGCCCUCCACUGACACGCGGCUCCGGCCAGACCAGAGGUACCUGGAGGAGGGGAACAUCCAGGCUGCUGAAGCGCAGAAGCGAAGGAUCGAGCAGCUCCAGCGGGACAGGCGCAAGGUGAUGGAGGAGAACAACAUCGUGCACCAGGCGCGCUUCUUCAGGCGGCAGGUGGACAGCAGUGGGAAGGAGUGGUGGGUCACCAACAACUCCUACUGGAGCCUAAGGGCCGAGCCGGGCUAUGGGAACCUGGAUGGGGCUGUGCUCUGGUAGCCCCGGCCCCGGGGGCAGGAGGCCCCGUGCUACCCUCCUGCCUCCACCCUGCACCACGGACACUUGGGGAAGGCCAAGCUCCCCGCCCACCUCCCACCCCUCUGCUGGCUGGAGGGGCUACAUCUCAGCCCAGUCCCCCACCCUCCCCCUCGGACCAGGGGCCAGGCAGGAUGUGUGCUGCCCCAACUGCCCUGGCCAUCUGGCAUGCCGGACCCUUUGUGCGUGCUCUUCUGCUCCCUGCCUGUCCCCCUUGGGGUGCCUGGGAGAGAUGCCAGGCUUCCAGGGUCUGGUCCCCAUUUCAGUGCCUUCCUAGGCCACGGGGACCCCUUGUUGCUCCUCAGGCUGUGAGGUUGGCAUGCUGGGAAUGAGAGGAGCUGGCCUUUUCUCCCACCCCUGCCCCUGCCAUCUUCCUGAACCCCUCUCCUCAAGGAGUGGCAAGCUGCCUGCAGGUUCCAGCUCCCGACCCUCAAGGGGCAGCCUUCAGCCUCAGCUCCGAGUGACCGAGGGGGGCCUCUUCAAGAGUGGGGAGCAGACGGCAGGCAGGGCGCCUGGCUCCGCCUACCAAGAGAGAGUGAACUGUGUGUGUGUGUGUACGCAUGCACGCACGUGUGCGUGCCCCCUCCCAGCUCCUGCUCGCGGGCGAGCAGGGGUCCCUCAUCUGACCGGCACGCCCUGCCUGAUGUCCCCCAUUGCUGCUCGCGUUCUCAUAGUCUGACUCAGAUGAAGGUGAAUUGCUCGGACAUUCCAAGCUCUAAUAAAGACUGUCCCAGACUUA